AUGGCGACGCCGCCAGCAGGCCAGACGAGCAAGGGGCGGUGGGCGCUCCUGCGCCGUGCGAUCGUGACCGCGUCGACGACAGCGCCAGCGUCGUCCGCCAUGUCCAUCUUCCAGUUCCAUGACCCGGCGGUGCCCCGGCCAACGGUCUACGCCAGCGCGACGCCGGAGGCUGGCUACGACUGGGUCGAGUACAUGCUUCCCGGUGGCCGCUCGAUCCUUUUGCACCAGCGCCGCGAGACCGCUCACGUCUCGCUGCGUGAACUCGCCAUCCGCGAUGUAGACAACACGGGCAACAUCCGCACGUGGCCCAGCGAAGACAUUGCGCUGCGGUACCUUCUCCGAACGCUGCCAUCGCGGACAGGCGGGCCGGCGCGCGUGCUCGAGCUCGGCGCUGGUAUGUGCGGCGUCGCCGGCUUUGCCUUGGCUGCAGCGUGCGAUGCACUCGCUUCUGUCACGAUCACGGACGGCAACCCCAUGUGUGUCGAGAACCUCGCGCGGAUCGUGUCCAUGAACAGCGCUCGCCUCAGAUGCCCGGUCGAGACGACGCUGUUGCAGUGGAGCCGGCAUCUACCGCCGCCCGACUGCGUGUUUUUCGAAGCCUACCACGAUGAUCUGCUGCACACGCUCCGGACGCUCCUCGCCCUCGACGGCGUGGCCACCUUGGUGCAACCGACGCGCGGUGGGUCCCUCGAUCGGUUCCUCGCCAAGGCUACGGCGUUCUUUACUAUUGACGUGCAAACUAUGGGGUUUGAUGCGAUCGUCGACGCGACGCGUGCGACCGCCGAUGCGCGGCUGGACCCGGACAUUCACCUCCCAGUCCUCGUGACCUUGCGCCAUACGAGUGACUCUCAACAUGCAGGUCGUCCGACUCGAUAA